AUGUACCCUUCCCUUGUCCUUCCAUGGUCCAACAGCCCCUCGGAUCGCGAAACCACAUACCGCAGUGCAGGCUUGGUGAAAACAAAGGGUACACUCUUCCUGCUUCCACCGUCAACAUCCACCCUGCGCGAUACAUUCAAUGCGCCGCCGCGUCCCAAAACCCGCAUGUCCUCAGGUGCAGUGGCGCUUUGCAAACAUUUCGAGCGCGGGGGUGCCUCCUCGGAGCAUGGCCGACUACAUCCAUUCUGGACCAUGCCCGCAGGGAGCAAUGAGAACAAGACCGAGAUUGCACGAAGGAUACUGGAGGAUAUGCUUGUGCAAGCGGUUUGGAGGAAUGUCAUGCUCUUGCACCAUGGGGUAGCGGUGUAUGAGAUCAGGAAUGCAAGCGGCCAUGGGAUGAGGUGGACACUGGAUAUUGAGGAGAAGAAAGAAAAUCCCAAAGUCGACAAUGGUGUAUCAGGGGAUCUGCAGCCGACGCCGGCCAGCGCCGACCCUCCUGAUCAAGGCGAAAACGAGGAUGACUUCCAAAAAGAAUGGAGGAUUACCCGGACGACAUUUCGUGGAUUCUUGGAACCCAUUGCUGAAAUGGAUCACGAGCUGCCAGGUCAAGGCGUGGGCACAACGGAACUCUCACAGCCUGAUGGGCAAAUAGGUGAUGGAAUCAUUGCAGAUGGUCGCUGGGACACGGGCUCAACCAGGCUGUAG